UUAACCAAAAAACAUUUUGUAAAUCAGAAGCGAACGGGUCCUCAGAUAAAUUGUGUUAAAUUAAAAUUCCAAAAAUAAAUAAAAUUUAAGCAAUGGCCUACUCUUGGGAUAACCGUGUCGAUUUUGUUGUUCGGUAUAUGUACGAUAUCGACAACAAUGGUGUCCUCGAUGAAAACGAUUUCCAAUGCAUGGCUGUGAGGGCCUGUGUUGUUGAAGGCAAGGGUGACUGCAGCGCUUCCCGUUUGGCUGAAUACAAAAAUUUGAUGACGAAUUUAUGGAAAGAAAUUUCCGAUAUUGCUGAUGAUGACAAGGAUGGAAAAAUCUCCAAUGCUGAAUUCAAAGGUGCCGUAAAGAAGACCUGCGUUGGCAAGAAAUACAGUGAUUUCCCACAGGCCAUGAAAGCAUUUAUUGAAUCCAAUUUCAAAAUUCUUGACAUCAACAGCGAUGGCAUUGUAGGCAUUGAGGAAUACCGUUACAAUUGCAUUACCAGAAUGGCCAUCGAUGAUGUAGCGCCCAUUGACAAGGCUUUCGAAUCUUUAUUGACUGAUGAAGAUAGAAAAGUUGGCGGUUUGAACUUGGAUCGUUACAAGGAACUCUACGCCCAAUUCUUGGGUAACACUGCCGAUAAUCAUCCAGCUGUUUAUCUGUUUGGUCCUCUGUAAGCUGCCUAAAAGCAACCACCACCAAUAUAAAUGGGGUAAACAAAAAAAACAAAAUUUAUUAAAUGUAAAUGUCUUCGCUGUUUUUUAUUUUAACAACAACAACAAUAAAACAAAAACAUUAAGUACUACCUUAUUAAGUUAUACUACAUAUUUAAUUUAUAAACUAUUUUUAAUGAGUUACUUUUACAAAACAUAGAGAAAAAUAAAAAAAGAAAAGAAAAGCACAACAUACUACAUAAAUAUAUAAAAAAAGAAAAAUUAAAAAAACCUUUAAACAACAUGCAUAAAUAAUAAUUACUACUUCUAAUAUUAUUUUUGUCCUUUUAUUUUUAUUCACCUUUCUUUCAUAUAAUUUGUAAUUUGUUUAUUUUUUUUUUAUUUAAUUUUUCGUUCUUGUUUUAGUUUAAUCUUUUAACAACUAUGACAUGAAUAAAAAGAUCAUAAAACACUAAACCAAAAAUAAAUAUGAAAACAAAUACAUACAAAAUCAAAAAAAAAAAAGAAAGAAUGAAAAAAUCGUAAUAUCUAAUUUAAAAUAAUAACUAUAAAAAUGGUAUCGGAAUGUAUCUAAUGUGUAAAAUGAAACUAAACCAAAUAUACUAUAUAAUUUAAUAGCAAUUAAUCAUCUCCAUCUCUGUUGUAGAAUCGUCUGAAAAAAAGCCUAGUUUGUUAACGAAAACAUUAUUAACGCAACAAAAAUUAUAAAAAUAAUAAUAAUAACAAUAACAAUUUAUAGAAACAAAAAAUAUCUGCUCUCCCAGAAUUUUAACUAAUCGUAAAGUCUCUCUCUAACUCUCUUUAAAUAAAAAAAAAAACAAAAACUUUUUUUGAAUUUGAAAAAAUAUUUAAAGUUUUUCAAAAAUUAACCAACCACAAUAAUAAUUAACAAAUCAAAAAGAAAAUAAACUAAACUAAUUAAUCUAUAUUACAUAUUUAUAUUGUUCAUAUUAUUUAUUAUUAUUAUUAAAAUACAUAUUUUAAUUGUUAUUUUGUUUCUAUUGAAUUUUACUUCAAAUCAGUUAAAACUUUGAAUUAAUUUAUUAAAUAAUUAUUAUGCAUAUAAUUAUCAAGUGUUAAUUUUUAAUUAAUUACAUAUAUUUACUAUUUUAUUCAACAAGUUAAUGUUUCUUUUUUUAUAAUUUUUAUUUAAAAACCAAAAAAAAAAACAACAUAUUUUUUAAAAACAAGUAUACUUUAUAUACAUAUUUAUUCUAUUAAAUGUUUGUAUCAGUAACGGUAAUGAAUAAUAAUAAUAAAUACAAUUUAAAUAAAAAAACUCAGAAAAAACAA